UAUCGGAUCUAAUCUAUGUAUUGCAUAUCAGAUCUCUGCACCCUGCACCUCCCUUCCCCGGUUCUCCAUUGUCUCCACCUCCCUGCCUGCAACCCCCCCCUUCCCUUGCGCUCUCUCUCCUUCCCUCCCUCCCUCCCUCUCUCUCUAAGUCUGUGGGAUCCCCCAAUCGACCGCCUCUCAUUCGCUGCGCUAUCCCCCUCCCCACCGUUACCUGUUGACAGGAGCAGCACCCAGCUGACUGCACCUCCAAUGACCGUCCGACGUGGAGAACGUGCUCCAGUCCCUAUCCGGGAACAUAUGGCCAUUGAUGUGUCCCCAGGGCCAAUCCGGCCCAUUGCCCAAAUCUCUGCCUAUUUCCCACAUCCUGGGCUGGAGGGAGUGUUGGCGACACGAGACAGAAUGAGGGGUCAAGGGGCUGCGGCCAUGCCCCCUGGAACCGGGGAAGGAGACUCGGCGGAUGGAGACGAUUCUGAUGACAGCACAUCGCUUGGGACUCUUGAAUUUGACAUUCUCUAUGAUCCCGAAAACUGCACCCUUGACUGCACCAUCCUACGGGCCAAGGGUCUGAAACCGAUGGAUUUCAAUGGCCUGGCUGACCCCUAUGUCAAACUGCACCUUCUUCCCGGAGCCUGCAAGGCGAACAAACUGAAAACACGAACCCAGCACAACACUCUCAACCCUGUGUGGAAUGAGGCUCUGACUUACAUUGGAAUAACAGCUGAGGAUAUGGCCCGGAAAACUCUGCGAAUCUCCGUCUGCGAUGAGGACAAACUGACCCACAACGAGUUCAUUGGAGAGACCCGGGUGCCCCUGAGGCGCCUCCAGCCUGGCCAGAAGAGACACUUCAAUCUGUGCUUGGAAAGACAACAACCACUGGCAUCCCCUUCUUCCAUGACAGCAGCUCUGCGUGGCAUCUCCUGUUACCUGAGAGAGCUAGAACCCCCAGCCGGCUGGGCCCUGGAAGAAAGGGGUCGUAUCCUGCUCGCCCUCACGUACAUCUCCGAGCACCGUGGACUGCUGGUGUCUAUUCUUCGCUGUGCCCACUUAGCUGCCAUGGAUGUGUGUGGAUACUCAGACCCUUAUGUAAAAACGUACCUGAGGCCAGACGUAGAGAAGAAGUCAAAGCAUAAAACAACCGUGAAGAAGAAGACGCUGAACCCAGAAUAUAAUGAGGACUUUUUCUACGAGAUCGAACAGUCAGAGCUUGGUCAGAAAUCCCUGGAGAUAACAGUUUGGGAUUACGACAUUGGGAAAUCUAACGACUUCAUCGGUGGGGUGACCCUCGGUCUAGGGGCCCCUGGAGAAUGCCGACAGCACUGGCUCUCAUGCCUUCAGACCCCCGACUGCCGCCUUGAGCACUGGCACACGCUUACAAACGAGCUCCCAGAAUCCUCCACUUUCGGCCCCUGAGAAGCCACCUCGAUUGCCUAUAUAGAGUUGCAUCCUCCCGCCCUGCCUGCCUGCCAAAAAAAAGGGAGGGGCACAGCACCAGGGGCCCCUCCUUUGCACGAGGAUGUUUGCACGUUUUGAAAAUUACUUGUUGUUGGUGUCCAUUUAUAUUACGCUCUAGGGAAGGGCUUAAAUGGAAUGAAUCGCCUCUUCUGGUUCCGUGUGUUUUAAGGCAUUGGGAAGUGGGCGGUGGUCAUAGCAGAGUGGAGGAGCCCAGGAAGACACUUGUAGAAAAAAGAAUUUGAAUCAAUGAAAAGUCACAGAAAUAAUUAUCCGUCCUCUUCGUCUCUUAAUACCUGUCUUUCCAAGCUGUCCAUCGCUCUGAAAUCCUACUACUUUCAAACCAAGGCUUAGCUUGGAUUUUAAAGGACAAGAUAUUUGCUGGCACACAAAAUUUGAAGCAUCGGUUUUGAUUUCUUUUUCUUUUUUAAAGCAUGUUAAAAACCCACUUCCCCAUAUGGAAUUUCUUUCAGCGGUCCAAAAUAUAUUUCCCUCUUCUUUCCACACCAGCUCCUUUCCCUACUCAACUUAACCUCAAGAGUGCCAAAUACAAUUUAUACUCCUGAACUGCUGGGGAAAAAACCUCGUUUAUUGUCUCUGGAACUUCCUGCAUGGAUUAUAGGGGCAUUCAUCUGGCACACUUCUUCCUGCUAACUCAUUGUUAGAGGCCUG